UAGUCGCAUAACAUAACCAAAGACUAGCGUGGGAUCGGUCCCUACUGCGCCUCCUCUGGAAUAUCAUCGGAAAAUCGUGAAAUCCGGCAUUUCUAACAGGAAUUUAUAGGGGAUAAUCCCAUUUGAUCAAACGCAAUAAUCAAGAGGUUAUUUUCCCAGUUUAUUCAGCAAUAGCGCAGACGUCCAUAGCAAUAGGCUAUAGCAUCACCAACAUUAUAUCAAGGAACCAUGGGGAAACAGAACAGCAAGCUGACUCCUGAGGUGAUGGAGGAUCUGGUGAAGAGCACAGAGUUCAACGAGCACGAGCUGAAGCAGUGGUACAAAGGCUUCCUGAAGGACUGUCCCAGCGGCAGGCUCAACUUGGAUGAGUUCCAGCAGCUCUACGUCAAGUUCUUCCCCUACGGUGACGCCUCAAAGUUUGCUCAGCAUGCCUUCAGAACCUUUGACAAGAACAGUGACGGAACCAUCGACUUCCGAGAGUUCAUCUGCGCCCUGUCCAUCACAUCGCGUGGCAGCUUCGAGCAGAAGCUCAACUGGGCCUUCAACAUGUAUGAUCUGGAUGGCGACGGUAAAAUCACACGGGUAGAGAUGCUGGAGAUCAUUGAGGCCAUUUACAAGAUGGUGGGCACGGUGAUCAUGAUGAAGAUGAACGAGGACGGCCUGACACCAGAGCAGCGCGUGGACAGGAUCUUCAGCAAGAUGGAUAAGAACAACGACGACCAGAUCUCGUUGGAUGAGUUCAAAGAGGCGGCGAAGAGCGACCCGUCUAUUGUGCUCCUGUUGCAAUGUGACAUGCAGAAGUGAGGCUCGCCGCCCUGCCGUUGGCCUCGGCUCACUCCGGACAGCACCACACAUUUCAAUGUCUCAUUUUCAUUUCUGUCAUUUCCACAGGAAAAAAAAAUGCUUGGACUAUUUUUCAAUGGACGCGCUUCUUGUGGUUGUAUGCAUGAGAAUGUUAAAAGCUGACUAAUAAUAAUUUUGAAUAUGGCUAUAUACAAUAUCACACAUUUAUAUUUCAAAACCUACCAAUGUGAGUUGUGCAAAGUAAUCCUGAUCAUUCCUAUUUAACUUCACUUUAGCUUGUACCUCAGUGAUGUGCUGCAUUGACUUUUGUUCCUGCAGUAUUUACGGUAGAAUCCAUGUGCAGCAGCUACUGUCUGCUUUACUUGCUAGUAACAAACAAUAAUUCCUAUGAUAAUUGUAACUGUCUCUACUAUACAGAGUUCUUGAGCCCGCGGAAAUAGAGACUGCUGUCUGUUCCAAAUGGUUUCAAACGUUGGAACUGGAAAGUAGGUUCUUUGCAUGCAUAUGUUAAGUGUCAAAACUAUAAUCUCUUUAAUUUUUUGCAUCCUUAAGUGGGUAUCAAAAAGUAGCCCUCUAAAACACGUUUGGUAUUGUUGCAUGGGAUGUACAGUAGUGAGUCAUCAGACCAGUAGUUUGUCUCCUGUGGGAGCAUGCCCCCCCCCGUCCUCCCCCAGCACUCCCACUUCUUACUUAUGUGUGUGUGCGCCACUCAAGUUCUUGAAAGACAGCUAUUUGGUCCUGGUUGUCAUCUCUGGUGGAGAGCAGUAUUUUUAUUGAGCGUUAUAUUGAGUUUUGAUCCAACAAUAUGGAACAAUAGAAAGAUUAACAAUUUCGAGAUGAUGCUUCACUCCCCAUCUUUUGUUACACUUCUGAAAUAAAAAAUAGGCCAUCAUCACAAUGCUGGGUACCCUAUUACAACAAAUUUUUCCUAUAUAAUUUAGAUACAAAUAACAUAAUUAAUAGUACAUAUCAAUAUGUUUACAGAGAUUAAGAGCACUGCUAAAUGUUACAAUCUUGGCUGUAAUCCUGGGUGGUCAGAGCUCCCCAAUGGAAACUGGCUCUUUUUCGAGUUCACCCAAAGGAAAAGCCUUACAUAUGUUUACUGGACAUUCUGCAUUCCAACUUACGAUACUUUUGUAAAAACAACUUUUUAUUGAAAGUUUCAUCUUAUAAUUAAUUGACUAAA